CGGGGCCGGCGUCUCUGGGCUUCCGUCACUUCCGGUUCUCUGUCAGUUGCAACCGAGCGAGCAGAAAGAGGUUCGGCUGCGAGAGUGGAGCAAUGCCUAAAUCAAAGGAACUUGUUUCUUCAAGCUCUUCUGGCAGUGAUUCUGACAGUGAGGUUGACAAAAAGUUAAAGAGGAAAAAGCAAGUUACUCCAGAAAAACCUGUAAAGAAGCAAAAGACUGGUGAAACUUCAAGAGCCCUGUCGUCCUCUAAGCAGAGCAGCAGCAGAGAUGAUAACAUGUUCCAGAUUGGGAAAAUGAGGUACGUCAGUGUUCGGGACUUUAAAGGGAAAGUCCUAAUUGAUAUUAGAGAAUAUUGGAUGGAUCCAGAAGGUGAAAUGAAACCUGGAAGAAAAGGUAUUUCUUUAAAUCCUGAGCAAUGGAGCCAGCUGAAGGAACAGAUUGCGGACAUUGAUGAUGCAGUAAGAAAGCUGUAAAAUCAGAGCCACAUGAAACCUGUACUGUUCUAGUUGUUUUAAUCUGUCUUUUUACAUUGGCUUUUGUUUUCUAAACGUUAAGCUAUUGUAUAUUUGGAUUGCAGAACAAUUUGUAAGAUGAAUACUUUUUUUUUUAUGUGCAUUAUUAAAAGUGUUCUGAGUGAAGCUAAUUGUCAACUUUAUUAAGGAGGAUUGCUUGGUGCCCGCCACCUAGUGUAAAAUAAAAUCAAGUAAUACAAUCU